AUGGAGUAUCGGCUGCAUGUUUCGACUUUCUUGGAGUCCUUCGCCCAUGGUAUCACGGAAGAAGAUAGCAAGUUGCUAGAGGAGCUGGAAGAGAAGAGAAAAGAGGCCAUGGAGAAGAGAAAGCAGUCCAAGAAGGAGAAGCGGUCUAAAAUGGACCCUGCCGUGCUGAAGUGGGUCAAUAAAUGCAAGAAGGCAUUCCUGCAGGCGAAGGCGCGGAAGCAUCAGAUAUGGGUAACUGGAACUAAAGAGAGAAUCGUGAAGUCAAUAUUGGACGCAGGGGUUAUGGAGGACUGUGGCGGUCCUGGGAGGCAGUGUGCUGCAUGUGCCAUACUUGAGGGCUCACAGCUACGCUCACGGCACAGGCCAAGACCAAAAUGUGAUAGCGAAGAGAAGCUGAAGAGGAAGAAGCUGAUGCAGCAAGCAUCUUCAAGUAGCAAUGAACAGAAGCAGCACUGGAAGAAGGGAGAAGUUUGCCACUACUUAGAAGAGGUGGACCUUGACAUGCAAGACUACAAGGAGCUGGUGCAGGCAAGAAGAAGUCAGCUAGUAAAGGAAAAGGAGUCUAAGGUUGAAGCAAAGGAGAAUGGGGAAGCUUCGAGAGCUUCUCUCUGCUAG